CUUUCCCUUUAUUUAAAAACCUCAUCCCCACUUCACUUCAUUAUUCCAACAAAAACUAGCCGUUACCAUCCCCUCUUUCUCUCUGUUCUUCACCAAAAACAUCUUCAAUGGCAGCUGCAUCCAUCCAAUCCCCAUCUCCAGAUCCCAAAUUAAAGGAAUCGAGUAGAAUCCCCGGGUUGUCUCCGACAAUCAGCCCGGUUUCCGAUAAGCAGUUUUGGAGCGUUCUGCGUAAUCGGAUCGAUACGCUUCUUGAAAAGCAGAAGGAUCAGGGUUUGAAUUAUGAAGGGAAAAAUCGAGCGAAACGAUUGAAGGAAGAUUCGCUGUUGUUGUUGAGGGGAUUUGACUCGGUUGCUAGCUCGCUUUCGCAGCUUUCUAAUAAUCUUGAUAAUGCUCUUCAGGGAGCAAAAGAUCUAGCUAGACCACCAACAUUAUCUGAUGUUCUUCAUAGUUCUUUACAACAAGCAAAAACAGAUCAAAAUUUAUCAAAUGAAGAAGAAGAAGAAGAUCAGAAUUUAGAUACCAAUAAAAGAGGAACAAAAAGAAAGCUGGACCCUGAAGAAUCUUCUGAAGAAACCCGUGAUAACCCGAAAGAGUUUGGGAAGCUCAACCGGGCCAAGAAUAUUGCUGUAUCGAUGGCGAAAAGAGCAGGAUUUUUAGCCCGGGAAAUGAAAUCGAUGAAAUCGGAUCUUUGUUUUAUGCAAGAAAGAUGCAGCAUUCUUGAGGAGGAAAACCGGCGGCUUCGCGAUGGAUUUGUGAAAGGAGUUCCACCGGAGGAAGAUGAUCUGGUGAGGCUGCAAUUGGAGGCGCUUUUGGCUGAAAAAUCGAGAUUAGCAAACGACAACGCGAACUUAACACGAGAAAACCAGUGUCUCCGACAACUUGUAGAGUAUCAUCAGCUUACUUCCCGACAGGAGGACGAUGAGGAGGAUCCGAUGGAGGAUGAUUAUGAAAGGGUGAUUAGGGGUGUGUGUUUGGACUUCUCGUCUCCACCACCAGCGAUACCGGAGGAUCUUGCUGGAGAGGAAGAUGAUGUUGGUGAUGGUGUGUUGGAACCUACAAAAACGCGUUGCCUAAAUGACCACUAUGACGAGGAGGGUUAUUAAAAAGAUUUAUAAGGUCGUUGUAGCACGCCACAACGACCAAACGUCUAAGUUUUGGGGGGUCUUGUUAUAAUCGAUAAAGGAGCUUUUGUAGCUCGGAUUCUGAUAUAAAGAUUCGAUAAAUAUUAGGACCCGUCCAUGACUUUGAUAAGAUUCGAUUCGUCAAUGAUAAAAUAUGGUACAAUACAUAAUAGUGUAUGUGGCAAGUACAAAGUAAUUUGUGUUAUUCGUU